AUGCGCACGUUUGAAUGGGCGGUGCUUGGGUUGGGGGUUGUCCUGGGGGCGGAUGCUUUGACGCCCGAGCAGUUGAUUGCAGCCCCACGGCGCAGUGAGGCUGUCCCCAAUCCAUCCGGGGAAGUGGCAUUGUUCUCAUCCUCAGAGUACUCAUGGGAAUCCCAUGAGACCUCAUCAAGCUGGAACUUGAUCGAUCUGGAUAGUGGCAAGAUUACGCUGCUGACGAACGACACCAAUGUCUCCGAGCUGAUCUGGCUGGGCUCCGAUGAUUCGGGCUUGCUGUAUAUCAACGGCACCAAUGCUGAUAUCCCCGGUGGCGUCGAGCUUUGGGUUUCCAAUACAGCUAGCUUCGACAAGCUUCGAUACAAGGCAGCCUCACUUCCAGCUUCGUUCUCUGGUCUCAAGACCGCAAUCACUAAGGGCGGCGAUGUCAACUUUGUAUUGUAUGCUCAAUCCUAUAGCAAUGGGACAGCGUAUAAUGAGGAGCUAGCAAGUAAGCCGCUAAGCAGUGCGCGAAUCUACGACAGCAUCUAUGUGCGGCAUUGGGAUACCUGGCUCUCGACAACAUUCAAUGCUGUCUUCUCAGGCACCCUCAAAAGGAAGAAAGGAGGACAAGGGGCCAAUUCGCGUUACUCCUCUGAGGACUCACUGAAGAACCUCCUGGCUGGUGUCAAGAACUUGGAAUCACCCUACCCUCCUUUCGGCGGCUCAUCUGACUACGACAUUUCCGGAGAUGGAAAAUGGGUUGCUUUCAAGAGUAAAGCACCCGAGCUACCAAGGGCCAACAAUACUGCAUCGUACAUCUACCUCGUUCCGCACGACGGGUCCAAGAAGCCCGUGGCGAUCAACGGCCCGGAUAGUCCAGGAACCCCCGACGGCGUUGAGGGUGACUCGAGCAGCCCAUCCUUCUCGCCGGAUAGCCGACGCAUUGCCUACUUCCAGAUGGAGGACAUUUCCUACGAGUCUGAUCGCCGCACGCUCUACAUUUAUACAAUUGGCUCCGAGAAGACCAUCCCAGCCCUUGCUAAAAACUGGGAUCGGUCCCCGGAUACAGUCAAGUGGACAGCGGAUGGCAAGAGCCUGAUACUGAACACUGAGGACCAUGCGCAUGGGCGGCUAUUCUUCCUACCUGCCGAUGGCGGUAAUGAUUACAAGCCUUGCAAUUUCACCAGCACUGGCUCUGUAAACAGUUAUUACAAUCUACCCAAUGGUGACCUCCUGGUAACCGGUUCGGCUAUCUGGACAAGCUGGACUGUUUACACCGCAAACCCAGAGAAAGGGGUCAUCUCCACAUUGAUCUCUGCCAAUGAAGUUGAUCCCGGUCUUCAAGGACUGAGCUCCUCCGACCUGGAUGAAUUUUAUUUCCAAGGAAACUGGACGAAGAUUCACUCUUGGAUCAUCUACCCUGCCGGCUUUGACAAGUCUAAGACCUAUCCGCUGGUUUUCUAUGUUCACGGUGGACCUCAGGGCUCAUGGGCCGAUUCUUGGAGUACUCGCUGGAAUCCGAAGGUUUGGGCCGAUCAGGGCUACGUGGUGAUUGCGCCCAACCCGACGGGCAGCACUGGCUUUGGAGACAAGCUCACAGAUGCGAUCACAAACAACUGGGGUAUUUGCUGGGAGUACGUCAGGGACAACUUUGACUUCGUUGAUACAGAGAACGGCGUUGCUGCCGGCGCAAGUUAUGGAGGCUUCAUGAUGAAUUGGAUCCAGGGCAACCCACUGGGACGGAAGUUCAAGGCACUGGUCUCCCACGACGGAACCUUUGUGGCCGAUGCCAAGAUCUCGACUGAAGAGCUUUGGUUUAUUGAGCAUGAUUUCAACGGCACCUUUUGGGCCAACCGAGACAACUACCGCCGCUGGGACCCGUCCGCACCGGAGCGUAUUCUGCAGUUCGACACGCCCAUGCUGAUUAUUCACAGUGACAAGGACUACCGGCUGCCCGUGUCUGACGGCCUAGGCUUGUUCAAUGUGCUGCAGGAGCGUGGCGUCCCUAGUCGGCUGCUCAACUUUCCCGAUGAGAACCACUGGGUCACAAGUAAGGAGAACAGCCUGGUCUGGCAUCAGCAAGUCCUUGGCUGGAUCAACAAGUACUCUGGCGUUGGAGCUAGGAAUCCUAAUGCCGUCAGUCUGGACGAUACAGCUAUUCCCGUGGUAGACUACAAUCCUUAA